CAGCUCGUCACACAAGCUCUCAUAUAGCCUCGAGGCAAGCAAGGGCAUCGACCCAAGAACCAGGUCAUCGAAAGCCUCAUCGGAAUGGCCGCUGUGGGGGAGAUCGUUCUCUGAUGAUGCACUUACACGGGUGACUUGCAUACGCUAAUCGUGACGUAGGACGAUGCCACGGACCAGCCAUGCAGCCUCUGGCGCACUGGAGAGGGUGUCUGCAGCCGCCCGGGGAAGGCGAGCCUAUCUCUACCCUUGAGUUGCUCCGACCUCUCGAAUCGCAUUUGUCGCCACCUUCGGUUUCCCGCUUGUCACUGUCUUCCGUUGUAAUCACCGGCGUGCGACAUUACCAACGGUUACCGUUUCACGCCCUAUGGACAUCCCUCGAGCGAGCUACAGUCGCUGCGUUUCAGGUUUUCCUUACGUUUGACCGGAUCCAGCUUUGGUUGCAUGCGGUAUCACAGUACCGCCGCCUCCUUUCAGAAAUACACGUGAUCUUCUUGACGUUUUUGGAGAACGCCGGCAUUCCUAAGUCAGCCAUUGACGACUUCAAAUCGUCUCGAUUAGUCUUCUCCUCAGUCAAGCCCACCAUUGGCCCGAAUGGGAGCAGCAUAGCGGGCUGUUCCAGAAAGAAAUCCAAGCUCAAGAGCUCCGACAACUCCCUUGACCCUGAAUGCGGCUUGAUCAUGUCUCGAUCUGCAAUUUAAUUCGGACCAGAGUCGUGUCUCGAUGCAAUCUUGAGAGUUGACGCGUUCGGCGUGAUGAGUGGACAAGUCUUGAGCUGUGAACGCAAAUGAGACGCCACUUAGGACUCCAGCCCUACUCUCACGAUGCGAGCCUUCUCUGGAAUUCUCAACUUCAUAUCUUGAUACCACAACAUUACUGGAGGAGGUAAAGAAUAAAUCUCUCCUUGGAAGAAUCGGCCAGAACCAGAUU